AUCAGCUGUGCAGUUUUAAUUCGAAUUCAGGUCUGCACCUUGCCGGUACUCGUCGAAGUUAAACCGGAAAAAUAAUCGAUAUAAGACGUGUGAUCAAUAUACCUACUUGCACUUUAUUAGGUCAGUGGUGAUAGGUGUGCCCGCAUAAAAUGAACGGCCCUCAUCUGUCCAAAGGUGCAAGGCAGCCCCCGCCACCAAGAGGGGGCAAACUUCGCCUCUACAGCAAUAGGUUUUGCCCCUAUGCUCAACGUGUUCAUUUAGUGUUAGAUGCCAAGAAAAUUCCGUAUGAUGUAGUCAAUAUAAAUUUAUCUAGCAAACCAGACUGGAUUUACGAUAAAAGCCCAUAUGGAAAAAUCCCCGCUUUGGAGUUAGAUACAGGGGACGUCCUCUACGAAAGUUUAAUAAUAGCCGAUUACCUGGACGAAAGGUACCAUCAGCACCUUUUGCAUGCCAAGGAUCCUUUGCAAAAAGCCAAAGACAAGUUGCUUAUCGAGCAAUUCAAUAGGAUCAUAAACACCAUGUACAGGGUGAUGAUGAAUAUCGGCAGAAUUAGUUUAGAUGACGAUGAGACUAUCUCCAAUGGACUUAACACUUUUGAAAGAGAAUUAGCCGAGAGAGGUGGACCGUUCUUUGCAGGCAACAAGCCGGGAAUGUUGGAUUAUAUGAUAUGGCCUUGGUGUGAGAGAGCCGAUAUUCUCAAACUUUUCGGUAACCAGCAUCUACUGAAGAGAGAUAAAUAUAAGAAAUUGAUGGAGUGGAGAAAUCGCAUGUCGGACGACCCCACAGUUAAAAGGAGUCUACUAGAUUCUGACUUUCAUGUUAAAUAUUUACAGUCCCACAGAGCUGGAAUGCCCGACUAUGACCUAAUAUUAAAUUCCAAAUAAAUAUUGAUUUGUACCGCUCGAAUAUUAUAUAUGCAAAUUUUUCUGGUAAAAUUAGUUGGAUAAGUUGCACUGCUUCAAUUGUGUUUGAAUUAGAUAAGUACAAAUGUUAUCUAUCCUAUUUUAUAAUUCUUAUACCUAUGUUUUUAUAUGGAGCUUAUACUUUUUUAAAGCCACUAUUUAUUAAAUGUAAUAUUACUGUUUGUUCAUUAGAUUAAGUUUUGUGAAGGUGGUAGAUGUAUGAUUAUUUGUUAAUGUAUAUGUAAAGAUAUAUACCUACUUAUAC